GCCAACGGCACUUCGUGAAAGAGAGACUUUUUCUCAGUUACCGCCAAACUUAUAAAUGAAAAUCUGCCCGUUGUAACUCUCAUAUUUCAAUUUUCCCCUCUCUCUCUCUCUCACGCUUCUGCAGCAAAAUCAUCGUUCGGAAUGCGCACCCGCUUCCUCCCGACGGACUACUCUACCACCGCCGCCGGUGUGGGUCCACUCGGAACGCUAGACUUCAUCGGCCUUCCUCUGCCUCUCCUUCCUCCUCGAAAUUAUCCCUCAGUUUCUGCAAAUUUUCAACAGUCCUUUGAUGAAAUUCCAGUUUGUGACAUCUCUUAUGAAGUUGACAAGUUAACGAUCGACGAUGCUCUCUCAAUAUUCUUGUCCGACGUACUUCCUCACUUUGUCGAUGGCGCUGGUUUUGAGGAACCGAGAAUCGGCAGCAGUCGGGAAAAAACUGAGGUUGUACCUGCGGAGAGAUGCACCAAGAUUUUCUAUGGCAACACAGAACUGGACAGGUUGGGUUCUGACAGUAUGGAGAUUGAGGAGAAAGAUGGAACAACAUCCAAUAAUAAGGGUGGGAAUGAACUUAAAUUUGUGCAAUUUGAAAUUCCAGAUAUGAAUAUAUCUUUGCUUCAAUCGAAAAAUGCUCCUCAUUCCAAUAUCGAGUGUUCACACAUUUUCUCUGAUAUUCCAGAAGCUGAAUUUACAAUGGAGCCAUUAAAUUCUGAGCUUAUGCUACAUGAUCUCCAUGAAAUUGAACGAACAGUUUAUUCAGUUGUUGACAUGAGUGUGGAAUACUCAAUUGAGCAAAAGGCUAAUUUGUUGGAAGAUGCUGAUUCUGUUCAGGGAGAGUUUCGUUCUCAUAACAUCGGAUUUCCUCUUUUUGAAUUGAAUGCCGAAAGCUCAUGUGUUCUUGAAGAAACAUACACCGUGGAUGAACUUUUGAGUUUUGAAAAUGCUGAAAAGCAGCAAGUGGUUCAACCAUAUGAAGCAAUUAAUGAUAACAAGGAUCUUUUGGGUUCUGUGGAGUUUGACAUGAUAAAGUAUCUAUUACAUCAUUCUGUAGCAACACAGUAUCUAGAAGACACAAAUUUUUCAUUAAAAUUGGACUAUGUAAGCAUUGUUGAACUGUCACAUCGUCAAGACUGCUCGACGCUAUAUAAUGGGAAACCAGAUGGUGAUUCAAUUUGGUUAAUGGACCCAAUCCUAUUUGAUGAAUUUUUGUUCAUUGAUUUGGACCAAUAUCUUCUUUGUGAGGUGGUUUCAGAUUUGUCAAAGGAGAUUGAAGCUGAAACAUGUGAAUCCAUGUUUGGCAAAGCCAUGAAUUUUAGAAGUUUGAGCGAAUUGAUUGUUUGCCACGAACUUACCCUUAUGGAUGACUCGUUUAAAUCACUUCCUAUACCUCUCUUUUCAGAUCAUGGAAAUACUAGUUCAUUACAUACAUCAGUUGAGGAGUUACUGGCACAGUUGGAUUGCCAGUCUUCAUCAGCAUCUGAUUGUUUAUAUCUAGAUUGGCAUUUACUAGGAGAAGAUGAAUGUGAAUCGGCUAAAUAUUCUUCUUGUUGGAAAAUGUUGUGGGAGAUAGAUGCUUAUGACAUCGAUGCUGCGAUGAUUUCAAGUGACAGUGGAAAGCUAAUCUUUGAUUUUAUUCUCUCUGAAGGUCACUCCAAUAAACCAAAUGCGGAAGACUAUAAGAAAAUUCUGAACUUAUCUUGUAGUGAUGAUGUCUCUCUAUUCCAUUCUUCUGGUAAAGCAGAUAUAAGUACCUCAAGGAAUCAUGGAGAUCAAAAAAGAAGAAAUGAAGAGAUUUUACUGAAAACUGGUGUUGACAAAGUUCCAAUAUUUGGUGAAUCCAUGUCUAGUGACCUUGAGUUUUUUUUGAAUCCCAGAAACUACGUUACAGGUAGAGGAAGUAUACCUGCAGACAAGUCAGUUCAUACUAAUACUGCAUGUCAGGUCUUUAUGCACAUUAGUGAUUCUGCUGCCGCUAAACCAGCUCAGCAUAACUGGAGCGUCAAAAUGCAUCAGGUGCAGCUGUCUGAUAAUAUUCUAGUACUGAUUGAUUAUUUGUGGAGGGAUUUCUUGGCCCUGUUGGAGAAUGACAAAGAGUUGAUACAGAUGCGAAACCGAUUUCAAGCUUCUAAUGACUUGACGCUACUCCACCUUCCCAACGACAAGCUCAUAUGUCGUCUUCAGGAAAAGGUUGCAUCAAGUAUUUAUUUGGGUCACAAUGAAGACAAUAUUAUGGUGUUAGCCUUGUUGAUUGCAAUUAAGCAGAUGGCUUUCUACCUUUGCUAUUAUGGAAUUCAAGCAACUUAUCUCUAUAUAGAUAAGUUGAGUACAAGUCUGCAGUGUGUGAAAGCUAGAUUAAGUUUUGUCUAUAACCUGAUCAGAGAUGAGAACCAGAAAGCUAAGAAAGAAUUGAGUAUCCUCCACCCAUCCAUCUCCGUUUUGCAAGAAGUUCUGCAGACAACAUUAAGCAACCAUAAUUCAAAAAUUCUAAUUGUUUCUGACCAAGUUUUCUGGUAUCCACUGAAGAGACUAUUGACGUCCUUGAAGAUGUCAUAUAAUGAGCCACAACAUCUUUUCAGCUCUCCAUCUCAGCGGCAGCCCUGUUGUGAGAUCACAGAUGCUAUAACGGAUAUCAUGCUUAACUCUGACUGCUGUUUGGUAUCUCAUGAAUAUGUUACUGCCUCAUUUCCUUUUAGCAAAUUCAGCUUCAUCUUGGAAUAUGGAGGCGCAAAUGUAUCAUCCAGGAUAUCCUCCGUCUGCCCGAAGCCAGAUGGGCUGUCCACUCUUUGUUUCCUCAAGGUGCAAGUGGAGGAAUCAAGCAUUGCUGAAGCUCUUUGCCAUGGUGUCAGCAUGCCCAAGAGUAUCAAAUUUGAGAUGGCAAGUGUAUAUUUCUGUGAAUUUAGUUUGAUAUCUAGUAGUUGCACAAAAAGAGAUUUGGAUUCUGCAUUAGCCCAAAAGGAGAACAAAAGUAAGUUGGAAGAGCUAUUAAAUACUAUACCUGUCAAGGAGGUCCACGGGAAUGAACCUGUGGAAGCUGUAAAUGAAGAUGCAGACUGCAGUAUGUUGUCCCUUCACUCCAUGCCAGUGGGCUUGGCAUCAAAGCAAAAUCUCUCUUCCAAGCCCCUCUUUCCAGAUACUAUUGUAAUUGUGAAUACCCGAAAUUUCAAUGAAGAAAUGGUAAUUUCCAGGAGAAGCACAUACCAAAGGAUUCUUGAAAUGGAGAAAGAAGGAGCACAAGUUGUUGAACGUGAUAUCUGUCUUCCUGUUGAUCUAAUAGUUAGUUCUGCUGUUUCUCUUACUUGGUAUGAUUUCAGAAAUAUUGGAAGGAAAGCUUCAGCUCCAGACGAGGGCUUUUCAUGCUUGCCUCUGUGUGUUGAAAGCAUUGCAGCAAGUACUUUGACAUCAUUGAGUUUUGCUUUCAGUUGCUGCAUCCUGAUAUUUGAGGGAGAAUGCAAUUUCCUAUGUAGCAUUAUGGAAUCAUCAGACGAACUUUAUGCUGCAGCAGCUAGCUUAGGAAUUGAUAUACAGCUUUUUUGUUCAUAUUCAUCUGAGAUGACAGAAGAAAUUUUAUUGUCCUGCAUCAGUGUUUCAGCUAAGUUGAGUAGGGGCCUCUAUCCCAAAAUGUCGGACUCAGAAAGCCUAGCAGAAUCUUUUCUCACUGCAUUUGCUUCAAUUAAUCCUCUCUCAGCUCAUGCAAUAUUGUCUUCAGAUGCCAUACUUGGCAAGUUUUUGGAAUUAUCAAAUGGGGGCAAAAUAUCCGCUCUUCAAAAAUAUCAAGUCCCUGAUGUAAGCAUUGCUUUGCUAAGUGCAAUAAGCAGAUAUGGGGAGCGGGAAGAUUCUAAGUCUGGAAUGACAGAUUGCUCCUCCUCAGUAUCAAUUGCAGACUCAGGAAAUGUCCAAUUCAAAGGUGCAUCAAAGAUGAACCAACCUAAACACACAAACAAGCUUUCUGCUGGUGAGCUUCCAAACAACUUGUUUCAUGUGGGGUCCCAAAAGUUACUUCCAGACGACCAACAUAAUCUUUCCGGAUUGUAUGUCUCAUGCAAUUCUUGGCUGUCAGGAGGAGCUGAGAUAUCUGAUAAACUGGAGCACUUCAGUUUAUCUUGCGAUGAGAAGUUACUCAGUCAUAUUCAUGAUACUGAUGCUGAUAUAAAGUUGUCUAGUGAUAAGUCAAGCCCUUAUGAUUUUCCAUCGGCAAAAGGUCUUCACAUACCCGAUCAGAGAGAGAAGCCCUGGAUGCCUCCUUUUGACAUAGACAGCAGUACAAGAUGGAGAUCCGUGAUGACACCAAAGAACAACCUUGGCAGACAAAGUAUCAAGGGGACUGGGAUUCUUCAGGAGAAUUUCACAGGUGAAGUUAUAGAUGUAGAGGACACUCAAGCAUUUGGGGAAAAUUUCUCUGUUGAAAAUUCCAGUAGCUUUUCAAAGUUUCUGCUUGACGUUCAGAAAGAUUAUGCUGGACAAAGUUCCAAAACGAGCAAACAACCUCACAGUGCCACUAAUCUUCCCAUUUUUAGAAAUCCUGCUGAUAUUGAUUCUGCAUCUGGUGCCUGGAUUUCUCGAAAUGACAGGAGACAAAUCUUGAGAGAAGAAACUAAACCACAUUAUGAUACCAUUAACAGACAUAAUAAUUCUAUGAUGAGCCAAAAAGGGCUUGUGGGUGGAAUGUCAGAAAAUGCUCCACAGGAUUCAUACAAAUUGUCUUUCCAAGAAAACAGUACUGGCUGCAUUGGUGGCACACCACUCUCGAAUGCUCUCCACUCUAGUCAGCUGCAACAAGGAUCACCCUGGACAAUUGAAUUUCUUAACAGAAUAAGGGAAAGGAGUAGAUUGCGUAAGCAGUCUGUUUCACAUGACUUAGCCUCCCCUCGUUUUGGCUCCUCCAGUAACACAUCAAAGCUUACUAAAAGGAAAAGUCCCUCAAUUCUUGAAUUCUACAAGUACAAAGGAGGUAACACCUUGCAGAAAACAGUUGCUCAAAAAAAGCUAAAGGGAUCUUCACGACCACUAAACUCAAUGACAGAUAAAAUAGCUCCUGCUUCCUGUCCCUCAUCAUGGACUCCACCCGAUAAGAGAGCAAGACGGAGACUAUCUUUCUCAACAAGUGGAAGUGGAGGGCAACGUAAGCUGGUUUGGAGAGAGACCAAUUACCAUACAGCACAUAGAAGAUUGUAGCAUCAAGUACGCAUUGCCUGAAAUUCCGAAAAUGAUAAGGCUUGUUGGCUGUUAAGUUAUCACAUGUCAACAUUUAUUUCCAGCACUUAUUAUAAAAAGGGUGAUUUCAGUGCAGCUGAAGUAAUGCUAGUGUUGACCCUAGUGUUUUUGCACAAUGGCUGAUUAUUGAUUUACACUGGCUAGCUUCAUUUGAACCUCUGUCUCCCAGCACAAAUUGAAAUGGUCCAGAGAUGGAGAGGAGGAACUAACAUGUAAUACUGCACCCGAUUUUGAAGUCUGUAAAGGGAGAGUUAAAUUCAAUGGUUUGGUAGCCUCAGCUAGAUCUGCGAAAUCAAUG